AAACAAAUCAACGUUUUGCGUUCGUAUCCCAUAUGUCAUGUCUGCUAGAGUUCCCUUUGAUCCUUCAGCGGAGGACCCGGCACAGAAGACAAUGGCCAUGGAAAUCCCAAGCACUGGAGACGUGUCAGGCUUUAGUGUAUGAUAGUAGAUUGCUACUCAUAUCAAUAACAAAAGAAGCAGUAGUGAAGCAAAAUGGAACAUAGGCCAAUCCCUGCUAUCACAGUCAAGUCCCUGCAAGGGCUUGCUGUGUACAAGCUGGCAAGGAUGUUGCUGACAAGUGCCAUUCCACUGAGCCUGGAGAAAUAUGUCCCCUUCCUCAGCCGUUACGACCAUGUGGAUGUCAAGGAGACUGAUGCCUCCUUGAUGCCCAUUGGCUGUGGAACAGUCUUCCAGCGCAAGAGGCUAGAGGGAAGGAGCGACAGUCUUGUCCAAUGGAACACCCUCGAUGACAUCAUUCUAGCCGAGGCUGGACAGUGCCAUGACCAUCUCCUGCCAGCUAAAGAAAUUCUCAUUGAGCAUCUAGUGAAGGUGAAGCAGUGGUGGGAUAAUGAGGAAUGGUUGGGCAAACAAGACAAUAAGACCAGGAGGAUGAUACGGGAUGUUUGCACAGACAUGCUGGAACUCUUCAACUCCAGCUGCACGUGUCCGAUUUUCCAACUGACCCUGGAGCUGAUAUUCUCAAAGAAAGCCGGGACAGGACAGAUGUUAAAGUCAGUUUCAAGUGAAAGAUGUGCAACACUAAGCAAGUUUUUCCAAAAGCUCCAGCCAUUUGGGAUUGAAAAGUUGAUAACAACCCAUCUAAUGCUGGAUUGCCCAUCGGUGAUUGUAAGCAUUUGUGAGAACUCACCCCUCAUGAAGUACCUCCACUUGAAUAUAGAGUAUGCAAAAGGAGACAUUCUGAGGAAGAUUGGCCUAAUCACACCCUCACUUGAGACUGUCAUUGUGGUUGUCAAAGAGUAUGAGCUGAAUGAAAAGGUCUUACCUACUCUGGAAAUGAUCAUUAUUGGUGGGGAAGGCCUGGAGGACAACCUCUAUUCAGGCUUCUUCAACGGUCUGACAAAAAGUGAAGUUGUGCAGAAGAUCCAGGAAGGAGGCUCAUGUGAAUUGUCUUUCCCUAACUUGAAAUACAUUGAUGUAGGAAGCCACAGGGAUGUCAGGGAGUUUCUUCUCCAUUUGUUGUACUUCUACCCCAAUAUUAGGAGUGUGACAUGUGAUUCAGAGAACUGGAUUCUGAGCAAAUACUCCCUGGAUUUCCCAGUGAUGACUCAGGCUACCCUGGACUACAAGCCAGUGUCUCUCUGGGGUAAAACGAUGAUAUACCAGCUAAAGGAUAUGAGCUUUUCAUCAUUUUGCUUGGCAGCUGUCAAAGUUCAGGACAUUGUUUCACGGUACCAGAGCCUGGAGCACAUUAGUUUGCACCUGAUUAAAGGCUCAAGGAAAAUUGAGUUCACAAACGAAACAGCAAAGGAAUUGAUUUGUGGGAUCAACUGCAGAUGUCUGACAAUCUGUGUGGAAGUGUACAUGGACAGAGCUGACCUGCUGAGUUUAUACACACCUGCACUAAAUGCCAUGGGACCCUCUCUUCGGAUCUUGCAACUGCAUUUGACCAAUGAAGUGAAUGUAGGCGCUCUGUGCCAAAUGAUAAACAUGUGCCCUCACCUAGAAGAGCUGGCACUCAUGACCUCGUGUGAGAGAUGUGAAGUAGAAGGGGAAAAUUUCACCGAGAUUCGAUGUUGCAAGUUAGGGGAUCUCAAAUGCCUAAGUUUUUCUAGUCGGUAUAAUGUUACAAAUGCCAUGUAUUCUUUAAUGGAGAGGACUAUCUUUGCUGCACCUAAUCUGACCUCACUAGAACUUGAACUUGGAGGGAACAGAGUAAGUGGAUGGCUCAUGAAUAUUGCUUCAGCUGGAGCACUCUCUAACUUGAAGCUGCUGCGCAUAAAUUUUCCAAAGAUUUACUUUGAUUACCAAGUUCUCUCUAGCUUUCUCUUUUCACUAAUUAGCACAUUGCCGCGGCUCUCAUGCCUUAUGCUUGGAAGCGUUUGCGAUUGUGUUGUAAGGCGAAUUCGAAAAAAGUAUGAAUAUUCACAGCUAAGGAUCAUUGGAAGAGAGUCACCAUAUAUUGCAUUCCGAUGCCUUACAUCCAGAUAUUGUUGACUAUCCUCAAAAGGCCAUACAAAAUCACAAUAUAUUUAUAGGAGAAGUCAGUAAGUUAUUAAAAUAAUGGAAAAGUCAUGAGCAGCCUGCAUGUUAUGUGAUGGUCAGAGCUAGUCCAUUGUACCUGAGAUAAAUCAAAUGAAGUAUUUAAUUUCUGAUUGGUUUAUCAUUUGCUUUUGUUAGCUUAUGAUAUUUUUCUUAUGCAUGAUUAGGACAUUUAUACUUUGUUAGAUUAGAACUUUUUUUAUGGUUGAAGUGUGAUGACAACUGUGCUUAUAGUAGCAGGAUAUAUAUAUAGGACUGAAAAAGAAUAUGAUUUGAAAGUGAAGUCUUUACUAAUAUGUGUGAUUCUGAAUUUUUACAGGAUCUUUUAAAGGUUUAUGUGCAGAGUAUACAGUGUGUGUGUGUUUUUGUGUGUGUGCAUGCACGCAUGUAUGUGUGUAAAAUAUUUAUUUCAAAAAGUUGUCGUUCUGAAUCAAAAAAGAACAAGUAUAACAUGUCAGCCAAAUUAUAGUGUAAUAUUUCUCUAACUAAACCAUCUCUUUAUUUGCUUUUGGAGGACAGACAGUGUAAAAAUUAGCAACCCAUGAAGAAAAUCACCAUGGGAAAAUUCCCUGCAUGACGUGACAGCUGACGCAUCUGAUAUAGUGGUAUGCAUAAUAUGGCAGAUUGUAUUUUGUGGUUCUUCUCACAUAAAUCUGUGUGUAUGUGUGUGUGUGUGUGAGAAUGUGUGUGAUUGUGUGUGUGUGGGGGGGGGGGAGGUGUUGUCUGUCUCUAGGUUUUGAAAUACAGAUAGUGUAGGAAGUAGUUACCUAGAUUCCCCUCAUGUGUAUUUAUGAGAGAGAGAGAGUGUGUGCGCUAACCCCUUCAUGAUAUAGCCUAUCCAAAAUUGACUUCUUUGGUUUCCUGACCCCUGGCUUUCCUUUGCUCUCAUUUCUGACCACUGCUACUACUACUGCCUCUUCAAUGCAUGCUGUUAACUUGAUCCAUUCCGAAUCUUCCACCUAGGUCAUUACUCAAGCUUUAGAAUACAUCCCUUCCUCUUUCCCAACGUCCUCUACUCCAUCUCCUCCUGUACAGUCUUUUCCUUGCCACUCCUCUUUUAUUACUACUCUUCAUCCUUGUCCUCCUCCCAGCAGUACUACCUCACUCCACACCACUCCAUCCUCCUGUCCUUGUCUUUUUUCUAUUUCUACCUGUACAAACUGUUUUUACUCUGCCCAGUUCCUCUUGCAGUGUUCCUCUUCCUUCCUCAGAUGCUUAGAUACCCUCCAUUUGAUCUAAUCACCCUUCACCCCUUCCCCCAUUUAAUAAUCCUGCCUCUUUACCCUUUUCACAACCAUGCUAUCCUAUAGUGCUGUAUGAACUUUGACAUCUAACACAUUUGCUCAUUUUUACCCAUUUUGCUAUAUGACCCUUGAUGUCUAGGACAUUUAUUUGUUUUAGGCAUUAACCAUUACCCAUCUUCCCAAACCCACACACAAUGAUACAUUUGGGACAGUAUAGUAAGAGAUUUGACUGAAACGUAAGUGGACCUGCAUUUUUUUCGUUAGAAAAGAGUGCCCCAUUCCAACACCACUUGUAAUAUCAAGACUAUGUACAGAGUCCUUGUACAAUGCUGCAGUCCAAAGACAAAAGGAGGGAUUACUCUCACAUGGCAGGGUCCCUUCUCAAGAGCAAGGGAUAUUCUUCCCUAAUUAUUGUGCAGUAAGGAAGCUUCUGUUUUCCUUCUGAAGUAAGGAGUAUGCAAGCAUCAAUUUUUUGGAGAUGGCGUAACCCCUUGACAGUGAGAGGGUACUUCCCUCCCUAUUGUUCAUGAACUGCAACACUUUUCUUGCUAUGUGUGGGUGUGGGAGAGAUCAGUAAAGCAGCUAAGUGGUCUAUUUCUCUAGGUUGAUUUUUUAACCACUUUCCGCUUGGGAUGGCAUGUUCAUACUUGCCAUGCCCAGUGUGUUUAAUUUAGUAAUUGUUUUUACAUGUAGAUGGCUCAACAAGUACUAAGUCACCAAUGAACCAAUUACGAGAAUUAUCUGUCUCACCUAUUUACCCUUUUCCUAGAUUUUCGAUAAUAUUUUCUAUUACUUAAUACUGCUGUUAGUAAUGUCAAUAACAAUAUAGUAAUUAUAAUGUUUAUAACAAGAAUCACAGUCUCAAUAUUGAUAGCAUUAGUAAAAAAAAAAAAGCUAUUUCACGGAAAGGUGAGGUCACAAGAUCUACUAAUUGAUUCCUUUGUGGAUAUGCACUGGCAGAGCCAUCUAUGUGCAGAUACAUUUAACAAAAUACUAAAGUGAACGCAAGAUUUUUCCGUUGGCAUUGGGUUAAACUUAUAUAGAUUGGGCUCCAUUUCAUACCAUGUAAUUAUCCCCAGAUUCUCUGUCUGCCAGUUAGUAUAUAUUGUAUGUUUGUGAAAAAAUUUGUAUCUUUGUCUAUUUGUAUUUUUAUUUUCUUAUCUAAAAGACUGAAGAACACUGAAAUACAGAAUCCCAUACCCACACUAUGACUGUAAUAAUCUUAAAGAACUGCUUAAUGGGAAUGUACAGCUUCUAGGAAACCUAUAUUUUAUCUUGAGCAGUAGUCUUUAAUGAAGAAAGAUAUGCAGCUAUUUAUUAACUAAAUUAUUUAAAUCAUCCUUUUGCUUUUUGGGUUGGCAAACCCUUUCAAUUGUAAACAUCUGCAGCAUGUUGUAUUCCAAAGGAUAAUUGUUCUUCGGUGUUAGACAGUAUCUGCUUUUACUUGGGCAAUUCUACAGUUGAAGUGUGUGUAGAUUUUUUCAUUGGAUAUUAGAUGGGUCACUGGGCUAUUUUCAGUUUGCUAGGUAUUUUAGGUAUGGAGGUUUUUAACGGUUGAAUAUUCAGGGCUACAGAUAGAUUAUGACCUUUUUGUCUGUUUUUGUUUGCUCCUCUUGUCCCCUUCUCCAUUUUUUGUUUUGUUAUAUAUCCUGUGGAGUAAAUCAUCAACAGAGUAUGGAAGCUUGUUAGAAUGGUAGUUAAAGUGAAGAGCAUUAAAUUGAACAUAAUACAUAAAAGAAUGUAAUAUUUAUGUGCUGUGAUAUGCAAAACAGUUAACUAGUAAAAACUGAAUGGAGAACAUUUAGUGAAUACAUAGGCAGCUUGAACAGGUGCACUAAGAUAUUAAUUACAUAAUAUAUGAAAAAUACUCAUAACUCCAAAUAAAUUUAUUUAUAUUGAGAAUAGAAAUGCAGCAAUAAAAUAAAUGAUAGUCAUUGGAUUAUAUGCUAUUGCAUUUGUUUACCAGAAACAUAUUUUAGUUUGCAAAGUAUGAAUCAGAAGACACUUAAAAGAAAAGCAAUAAGGCAGAUAUAUUUAUUCACAUGUGGUGAUGUACUUUUGGUUGUAAAAGAUGUAUUUUCUUGUACAUUAUUUUUUUUUUCAUGUAUUUAUCUUUACCCUGCAACUGGCAUUAUGGAGCAUGAACAGUGUGAUAUGUAUAUUUCAGUGAUAACAGGAAAAAUGUGAUCUAUAUAAUGACUUUUUGGUAAGGUUAUGCUUAUUACUUCUAAUGGUAUUCUGAUUGAUGAAUAUUUCUUUUGUGAAAGGAAUUGAGAUAUCUGCUUAUCUUAGAUUCUUUCUAAAUUAGUUUACUUAUAACGUUAUUUUGUAAAUUCUUUAUGAGUGGUGCUCUUGGAUAUUCCAUCACAUAAAGCUUUAGAAAUAGCAAGAGAAAUUACUAUAUGAUAAAAGUUAGUUUAGAAAGCCUGCAUAUUUCCUCCAUAGAUAUUAAAUUUAACAUUGCAGGUUAAGCCUUUAAAAGAUUUUUAUUUUAUCAGAUUUUGAUAAAAGGGUGAGAAGGAUCAUUUAUAAAAAUUUACAGCAAAAGUGAUUUAUUUUUUAUAAUAUUGAAAAAGUAGAAGAUUCAUUAGAUAAUUACAUGCUAGACAAAAAGGUUUUAACACGGUUGCACAUUUGAAUAAAGUUUAUUGUACAUUAGUUGGUGUUAAUGUUCUGGUGCUGUGGUGAAUCUAUAAGGUGUUCAAGCAAGUUUCCUUAUAACCAGCAGUUCAUGCUUUUUUCAUCCAGUCUCUCAUAAGCAACUUUCUUCAUAGAGGAAUACAUAAAUAUCUAAUCUGAUAUAAAAUGAUAAGAAACCUAAAAAAAAAAGUGAGACAAUAAAAUAAGAAAAAAAAUGUAUGUUGAGUCUGUAUGAAAUCACACAUUACAUUUUCAUGUAUGAUCAAUAAAGAGUGCCAAUAAA